AUGCUGAUGGCUGGUGGCAUGGGUGCUGCGUUCAUGGGAAUGGCACCGUUCGCCAGCCCCAAUUUCUUCAUGAUAGGUUUACUGGCGGCCAUGGUCCAAUGCCACAUGGGUUAUGCUUACAUGCAGCGGAUUUACUGGACACAGAGGAGGCGGUACGUUCUGGAGAUCACAAGAGAGGAGGACUCGAAUGGAAAGGUCAGCGUCGUGGUGACCUGCGAUGCUGGCGUCGAACGGCGCUUUGCGCUGACCGACGAGGCCGCUUCUCCGUCCCUGGCCGACAUCAUAACCAAGGGUGGCACCUUCAUGUUCAUAGACAAGCAGGCAGGCAGCAUCCUCCAGCAAGAGAUGCUGGAUGAGCUGCUCCAGUCUGACCGCGGUAUUCAGGAUGAAAAGGUGACAGCAAAGCCUGUGAUGGAAGAGACCGCGGAACAAUCUCUCAGGAUCGUUCAGAAGUUCAAGGAGUUGACCCUCGAGCAUCUUGACAAGAUCCCAGAGAAGGACAACACGUCUUCACCGCAGGAGGGCCUACGCCAGCUCGAGAGAGCGGCCCAGAUCGCCGGGGCGGGCUGCAUGGUUGGUGGAUUGUUUCUAUGGGUCCUGGGCGACUGGAGUGCGCAAGCUGCCAUUCGGGCGGCUGCUGAAAACUACAAGCCUCAAGCAACCCUCAUGCCAGAGGGGGCGAACGCUCCACCGAUGCGCAGCCCACAUUCUAGGGCGGCGCAAUGA